AUGGUUGCCGAGACCAAGCUCUACGACGCCUUGAGCGUCAAGCCCGAUGCCACACAAGAUCAGAUUAAGAAAGCAUACCACAAGGCAGCAUUGAAGCACCACCCAGAUAAGAAUAAAGGCAAUCCCAAUGCCGCUGAUAAAUUCAAAGACGUAUCGCAAGCGUACGAAGUCCUAUCAGAUCCCGAAAAGCGCAAGGUCUACGACCAGUUCGGCCUCGAAUACCUGAUGCGCGGCGGACCCGCACCGCCACCACCAGGGGGAGGCGGAGGCGGAGCCGGCGGCAUGCCCGGAGGAUUCAACUUCGGCGGCAUGCCCGGCGGUGGCAUGCCUGGCGGUGGAGGAGCCCGGACGUUCCACUUCUCGACCGGCCCUGGCGGUGGUGGUGGAUUCAGUUUCAGCAAUGCUGACGACAUCUUCCGCAACUUUGCCAAGGCGGGCGGGGGCGGGGGCGGGGGCGGCAUGGGUGGUGGUAUGGGCGACCUGGACGAGGAAGAGCUCAUCUCGAUGCUUGGAGGAGGGCUGGGUGGUGGCGGCGGCGGCGCCGGAUUCCGUAGCAGCCGUCCGGGAUACGCGAAACCGAAGCGCGCACCUACGCCUGAGCCGACUAUCAUCGAGAAAGACCUGCCCCCUAACUUUGGAGGAAAUUUACACUGGUACCUCCAAAAAGGUCAAGACAAAGAGCAAAGCCUUCGACAAGAUGGGCAAACUCACUACCAAGGAGGUGACUUUGGAGGCCAAUAUCAAACCUGGGCUGCGCGCUGGCUCGAAGAUCAAAUCGACCAUCCUACUUUCAAGCGUUCUGGUGAUCAUCUUAUCACAACGGUCGACCUUAGCCUGAAGGAAGCACUGACAGGCUGGGAUCGCAUUGUCCGCACUAUCGAUGGAAAGUCAAUCCGCGUGUCUAAGCCCGGUCCAACCCAGCCUGGCCGCGAAGAGCGCUACCCUGGUCUAGGCAUGGUGAGCUCUAAGAACCCCAGCGAGCGCGGGGACCUGGUUGUCCGAGCCAACGUCAACUUCCCCACCAGCUUGACAGCCUCACAAAAAGACAUUCUCCGGGAUGUGCUUCCUUGA